AAGAUGAAUCAAGCUACGAUGACUCAGAUGAUGCUUAUUACGAUGAUUUAGUUGGGGAAAACCUUGAUUCUUUCAAUACAUUAUCUUUACGUUCUAGGAUAUAUGAAGUAGAAUUUACAGUUCACUCUCCUCAAGAUAUCAUUAAGAAGCAAGAAUGCCCUGCUCCUGACUGUGAAUAUAUGAUCGAAUGCCAUGUGCCAGAAACCUCUCUUACAACAAUUGUUCCAACAGUUGAAUGUAAAUGUUCGAAUCGAUUUUGCUUCGGUUGCACUUUACCUGACCAUCAACCAACAACUUGCAUGCUUGUUCAAAAAUGGGCUGAAAAAUGUGAAAAUGAUUCUGAAACAAUUAAUUGGAUUUCUGCAUUCACAAAAAAGUGUGGACGUUGUAAUUCUAAUAUUGAAAAAAAAUGGUGGUGGCAACCCAAUAAUAUUAAGGACGCGGAAAACCAGCAAGCCAAAUCUCGCGCAUCCUUAGAGAAAUAUCUUCAAGAUCAAUUUCUUAUAAACGCAGUUAAUGCUCUGGUGAAAUGUCAUAUGACACUUAAGUGGACAUAUAUAUUUGCAUUUUACCUUACUCGUAACAAUCAAACAGAAAUUUUUGAAUUAAAUCAAAGUGAUAUCGAGAAUGCUGUCGAAAAGCUUUCGGAAUUAUUAGAAAAUUCUAUCAGAACAGGCAAACUUAACGAAUUGAAGGAACAAAUCAUUGGUAAAACUACAUACGUUGAACAUCGUAGAGAAAUAUUAUUGAAAGAUACUGCCAAAGGAUUACUCGAAAAUC